CGCUGUGUGCGUGUGCUCUCCCUUUCCGAACAGGCUUCGGGCGAUUCCGAUUCCAGCCAAACCGCGAGAAUCAAUCAAACAUGGAAACGGGAUCGCUUCGUCGUCGUGCUGUCGAGUGAGGAAAAAUUUUCAUUCAAAAAUCCGGUGCAAAACUCGCGUCGAGUGUCGCGAAUCGUGUCGUUUGCGGUGCAGUUAGUGAGUAGGCCGUGUCCUGGUGAUCAUCGUCGGAGAAAAUGGCCCCCGGAUCGAACAACCACAACAAUAACAACAACAACAACCGGCAGACCGGGGCCAAGCCGAAAACCAAGUCCUCGAAAAAGAACUCGGUUCCGAGGGAAGUGGUCGCCCCGACCAGACGGGAUCUGCAGCAGCUGAAUGUCCUCGUCGAUUGGGCAACGUCCUCGGGAGCGGCAGCCGCGGCGGUCAACAAUCAGCAGCAGCAGAAUCUACACCAACAGCCGGGACCAUCGGGCGUGGGUGGUGGAGGAUCAAGCCAUCAGCAGAACUUUCUACUCAAGCCGAGGAAUAAUCGAACGCCGGGCGAGGGAACCUGUUACGAAAUCGACAACCUAACCCUCCAGGACAACAGCCGCUACAUCCCGGCGGUACGUCCGAUCGUGCGUCGAAACCUGCUCAGUGAAAGUGGCAGCGGUGCCGAGUCCGGUGAACUGCACAACACUGCCGUCGGCGUGGUCAUCCCGACCACUCCAAACUCUGCGCUUCAGAGCUUCCGGUUGAACGACACCAGCGGCGGUCCCUCGACUAGCAGUGGUGCCGGAACUUCUAACAUUAACAACAACUUGCUGAACAAUAGUGCUGCGCGAAACGUGCUGAAUCCGUUCCACCAACUUCAACAGCAACAGUCGCAGCAGCAGCAGCAGCAAUCUUCGCAACUGCGAGCCUCUCCACUGAGUUCACGCGUUCCGGACGGUGCCUCGCAGAACCAGCUGAACUUGAACAAGAACUCGAACCAGCAGCAGCAGCAGAUCCACCACCAUCAUCACCACGGUGGAGCCGUUGGCGGUGCCAAAGCCAACAACUUUGAGGACAAGCUGAGCCAAAUUCAGGAGUACAUCAAGCUGACCACCAAUUUGAUCUCGUCGGUGCAGAUUGACAACAGCACUGGGAACACUAGUGGGACACAGAAACGGAACAACACCGACGACCUAGACCGCAACAAUAGUUAUAGUAGAAGUUCCGCUGGUUCUGGGCCCGAAGUUGGUGUUGGUUGUAGCAUGGGUGACGAGAGUUGCUAUUUUGUGCCGAUCAAUUCCACUAGCUUAGAGAGUGUGCGCGCCAGCGAUUCGGAGUUAAACGGCCCCCGUCCCCAGUCGGUGCAGAGCAUCCAGAGCACCACCACGCACUCGGCCACGCCCGUCCAGACGCCCUCGUACGACGACCUGCGCUACCGCAUGGAAAACCAAAACAAAAACAUGCAAGCCCUGAAGGAACAGCAGGCGCACCUGCUACGUCUCCAGCAAGCGGCGCGCCAACAGCUCGCGGACAUGGAGGCAAUGCGGGCGCAGACCGCGCAACCUGUGCAGUUGGAGAACUUUGAGUCGGUCGAGCAGGUCCAGGAGGGCAUCGGGGGGAUUAUGGAGCGGAUGCGAGUGUUGAGUACGUUCAUUCAGAACCAGCAGGAACUGGGGAAUAUGUUGGGGGGUGGGGCGGACAAUGACGACGUGCUGAGCGAGCAGGUUGCGCUGCAGCAAAAGUUUGCCGAGUUGCGGGACAAGAAGGCGCAGAUGCACAGCCUGGUGUCGGAGCUGCAGAACUUGAACGUUGAGGCGAGCAGACAGUUUGAUGGGCAGGCGGCAGGGGUUGAGCGGAACGUGCCGAUUGAAUUGACCAAUGCGCCGGCGACGGCGGCGGAUAUGCGGAAGGCCACGAAGACGUUUAUCAAUCAGAGUCAGAAUGUGAAUCAGGGGGAGGUUAUGAAUGGUGGUAGUCGGGGAGGUUCGAUGACGCCGAAGGUGGAGAACGUGGUUGAUGGUGGGAGUGAGGAGGGUUUGGAUGAGGAAGAAGCGGAGGCGAUCGCGGGGACGGCGGACAUGCUGAACGAUAAGAUCAACGAGAUAAAUGCGAUGAAGUCGCAGCUGCGGAGAUUGAAGGAGAUGAUGGACACGGUGAAGUUAAUGGAGAUGAAGACGGGUGGGUCGAUUGACGAGGACGAGGAGGACGCGCCGGAGGAGAACGACGAGAAUCCGGAGGAUGAGGAGGAAUCGGUGGAGAAUUCGCGCUCGCCGAGCGUCGCUAGUCAGAUCAGUGAUCAGCAACAGGGUGCGGGAGGUGGUGCUUCAGCGGUUGACGAGAGUCGGAGGGAGCAGCUGAACCAGCGAGUUGAGGCGUUGCACGCCAUGACGCGGGAUUAGGAGCAGGCCAAGUCGAUUGCGGCGGAGAGAGAUGCGUUGAAGAAUGCGAGGUCGGAGCUGCAGAAGAGACGGAACAAUGUGGCGGAGUUGCAGAACCAGGCGGAUUCGCAGGCCGCGGAAAAGCUCACCAAUCAUGUGGCUUCGUAUGUGACUUCGUCGGCGGGAGCGACGAGUUCGAAAGAGAUGGCGCUGAAGGCCGAGUUGGAACAGAAGAAGCGCGAGUUGGAGCAGAUUGCCAAGAUGACGCAGAGCAUGAAAAAGAACACGGAGUUGUCCAGGAGGAAUACGGAGGUGACGACGGCGCAGCCGAAGGUUUCUUCCGUGUCUUCAGCGGAUUCGCUGCGUUCGCAGAGUCAUCCUCCGGUAAUUCCACCGCCGCCAUCGGCUUCAGCUGUGAACAACACGAGCGCAAGUAACGCUACAAAUCUCUCGAAGCAUUCGGCCGAUUCCGGAGUUACGGAUAUCUUUGCCAAUGCACAUCUUGAGUCUGGAAGCUAUCAGUCGAGUAGCACGCGGAGUUUGAACAUGGUUCCACCAAUGCCGGACAUUUGCAACCGGGCUGAUCGAUACCAUCAUCGCAAGUCCGAGGACGUUGGCACGUCAACAGGACGUAACGAGCGGACUUCACCGUGGCCGUCCCAUUUGUUCGCUGGAGCAGGUCCGUCCAGCUCGAACACCGGUCCACAGAGUCCGCACUUUCACCCCUCGUUCGGCGUAGGUUCGGACAUUCACUCGUCCUACCCGGCCUACUCCGGCUAUCCAACCUACGCGAACCUCCUCCCACCUCACACGCCCAACUCGGCGCCAUCCCCACCCGAUCCGCUCAUGUUCCAGCACUUUAUGCAGACCCAGCAAAUGCUGAUGAACUCCAUCACCCAGUGCAACCAACUGCUCUGGAUCCAGCAGCGCGAGAUCAACAACCUCAACAACGCCGUCCUCCUUCUCCAGGAACGCAUCCUCAACAGCGGCCACGGCGGCAUCCUCACCGAGUCCCGUCCCCCGUCCAACGGCCACAUCCGCGCCGAAUCAACACCCCACAACUCCCUCUCCUCCAACCCCUCCGCCAUCUACAGCCGGGCCCGCCCGAGCAACCCUCGAUGCAGGUCCACCAAGGGCCAACCUCCCUACCACAACCUCCCCCAACCUCCCCUACUCCACCCCCUCAACAACCCCUCCCAGCAAUUCUUCACCCCAACCACGACCGCGACCUCCCAAUUCUCCGUCAACGCGCAAAUCCAGCGCAACAACAGCAACAUCACCCGCAACUACCGAAACCUGCGCCACGUCAACAUCAACACCGCCAACAACGCCAUCUACGAGCAGCAGCAGCAGCAGCCCCAACUCCUCUACGACCAUCACAACUUUAUGACCCAAAACGGAACGGCGAGCUCAGCCAACGAGGAACAGCAGACGUACAACAAUGGUGGUCCCGUUGGUGGGGGGAACCUCGGCCCGUCCAACAUGAUCAACAACUUGGCGAAUGGGCCGCCAACGGCGGCGCCGGCUUGUAUGAACAACUUGAACAAUAGCAACGCCAACAGCAGUAACGUGCAGCAAGCGUUGAACAACCAGGUGCUGCCGGGCGUGCGGGCCAACAAUUACUGGGAUAACUUUAGGAGAUGGUAGAGACUUGCUAGUCGGUAAUCGUUAGGGUUUGCCUCCAUUUUAGAUUAGUAACUUAUUUUAUUCUUGUAAGCUUAAGCAAUAGAGAACCACAUUCAAAAUAGUUUUGGGUAGGCGCGAUCAAUGCAUUUGUCCUUUAUUGUUACCUUUUUUUCUUGUUAUGUUUUGAGAUAAAGUUACUCGUAAAGUUGAUGAUUCCUCGUG